CUAUAGCAGGGGGUGUUUGGCUUCAGCGCCGAAGGAGAUGCGCUAAAGAUGAGCAGCAGUAGGAGAGGGCAGCCACCAAAGCACCAAAACACGUACGCCUGGAAACCCAACGCCGGUCGCAAGAUCAACGAAACCGAGGUGGGAGGCAAGUUCAGGCCGUACUCGGAGAUUACCGGAGUGUGCUCUCGCUGUAAAGAUCAAAUCGACUGGAAACGCAAGUACGGCAAAUACAAACCCCUCAUCGAGCCCGCCAAAUGCCAACGAUGUUCUAAACGAACCGUUCGUCAGGCUUAUCACAAUCUAUGUCCUGCUUGUGCUAAGGAGCAAAAUGUCUGUGCAAAGUGUUCGUGCCAAGUUGGGCGGAUAAUUGGGAGAGAUAGUUCAGAAGUGGAGGCUGAGCAAAAGACACUUGAGGAGGCCAUUAAGAAUGCUCGAGAGAGGGAUAGAAGAACUCUACUACGAGCUAUGAACAAAGGAAAGACUAAUUCAGCUAAAACGCCUGUCAACAACGAAAGCAAAGCUGGGGAAUUGUUGGCAGUUUCCUCACUUGAGAAAUUCACAGAAUUAAGCAGGGAUGAUGAGAAGAAGGAGGAGGAGGAUGAUGAUGAUGAUGAUGAAGAAGAAGAAGAAGAAGAAGAAGAAGAUGAUGAGGACCAAAUUAUUAACUGA